AUGACCGAGCGACCGGUCAAGGUCGUCGUCCGCAUGCGGUCGCCGCCGACGGAGCUGUCUCGGGGCGCGCCGCGGAGCAUGGAGGUACAGCGGGACCUAGGCCGUCGGCAGGCCACGAGUGUCAAGAUCGGCGACGAGCGCAUGGAGUUUGACCAGUGCUACGACGAGACAGCAACGCAGCACGAGCUCUUCCGGCGCGAGAUGGCCGCCGCGAUCCCGCUCGCCUUUGACGGCAAGAGCACGACGCUCAUCGCGUACGGUCCAAGCAAGAGCGGCAAGACGUUUACAGUUGACGGAUCGACGACGAGCGCGGGCCUCGUACCCCGCACGAUGCAGCGCUUGCUCCAGUUCCAGCACGCAUCAGCGCCCCUGCAUACGAUCCAGCUGAGCGUCCUCGAGAUCCACCGCAACAAAGUCUUCGAUCUUCUCGAUUCGAAUAGCGAUCGAACCGACCUCCCGAUCCGGCAGUCGGCGACAGGCAGCGUUGUCGUUCCCGGUCUCGCCCGGCUGCCGAUCACGACGCUCGCGCAUUUUACUAGGCUCUACGAACAGGCGAGUCGCGCCCAAAGCCGUCAAAGCCACAAAGUCGUCACGUUCUCGGUGCAAACGACCGGCGUCGACGGCGAACCGAAGUCCGGGACCAUCCAUCUCGUGGACUUGGCCCGCGUCGACGAGUCGCGUCGACGGAGCCUGCAGCCUCGGUCCAGCGACAGCAGCAGCAACGCGAUGACGUUCUUCGUCCUCGGCAAAGUUCUCAGUGCGAUCAACGAAGGCAAGUCGCUAGCGCACAUGCCGUUCCGCGAUAGCAAGCUCACGCGCCUUUUGCACGACGGACUCUGCCGCGAUGUGCAUGCAGCGACGCUGAUCUGCACCGUCUCGACGGCCAACGUCGACGACGCCUUGCACGCACUGCAAUACGCAGCCAAGGUCCGUCUCCCAACGACGUACCGAAGCCCGAUGCGAAUGGCGUCCGAGACGUCGCCACCCCCCGAACUGACGCCAACGCUUAGCUCCCUCGAAGAGCGCCUGGAAGCGUGGCGUCAGAGUUAA